GGUUGAGGUGGUAAAACCCAGAGCACUCCGCCAAAGCCCUCUCUCCCAGUUCGCAGUCUCGACUCGACUGUUCUUCUUGGGCAGCUUUAUCAGAGCUUUUUGUGUAGCUCUCAAACAGAAGAUGGCUUGGAGGCAAAUACUGUUCCACACCAGAGCAAUUUUGACUCCACAUUCAACAACUGGGCUCGCCAGCUUCUCCACCAAAUCAACCCCAUACUUGGAGAAAGUCGGGAUACCCGAAUUUUUAAAAGGAAUAGGCAAUGGGGUGGAAGCUCAUGUGGCUAAAAUUGAAUCUGAGAUUGGUGACUUUCAGAAGCUGCUCCUCACUCGUACUCUCAGACUGAAGAAACUUGGCAUCCCUGUCAAACAAAGGAAGCUGAUCUUGAAAUACACCCACAAGUAUAGGCUGGGACUCUGGAGGCCUCUAGCUCAGCCAAUGAAAUCCUAGUUAUUUUAGAACUAGCAUGUCCUUUACAGAAAAGUUGUCUGCUGCGAAAUCACUGCUGCAAAAUGUACGGAACCUAGAAAGAAGAGUGUUGCUUUCUUUAGAUUCUAGUAUUUCUUCACUUAAAUUUCAUGGACAAAGUUUGGCGAUUUAGUGUAUGGUUACUAUGGUCAACUGGAUUUAGUUGAGCAAUCUACUUUGUAACUUCAUUGGAGUACUCUCGUUGCAUGCGGUGUCCAUGUUCUAUCUUCUAGCAACAUGUUUUAAAGUUAGCCUGCAAAGUAUAAUGGCAUUGAAGUC